AUAGUUACACAAUAUAAGCGGGUGUACCCUAUCUUAUCCAAUAGCCCAUCAGCCUAUCGAGCCGAUCCCCUCAACUGAACUCAUCUUUAGUUCCCUUGGACUCUUCUUCUUCCUCAUCUCCGAUUCCAGUUCAACAAUGGCGGAGAAUGACCUGAAGAACACGAUGAGAAGGAGAGUGGCUUCCAUUUCCGGCCAUCUCAUUCCGAUUCCACGAACUCCAAAUCCUGACUCUAUCCGCCUAUCCGCCGCCUCAAUCGACGACAACUACCACCGCAAGCACGGCGCUGUCUCGACUCACCCUGUCGUUUGGAGCAUCGCCGACGACAACUCCGGUAAGGAAUUCAUCGACAUCAUCUACGAGAAGGCCGUUGGAGAAGCCAUUGCGAAGAUUACGAUCAAUCGACCGGAGAGGAGAAAUGCUUUCCGGCCGCAGACGAUUAAAGAGCUCAUUCGUGCAUUUAACGAUGCCAGAGACGAUAGUUCAAUCGGAGUCAUUAUUCUUACCGGAAAGGGAACAGAGGCGUUUUGCAGUGGAGGAGAUCAGGCUUUGAGGAAGAACGAUGGUUAUUCUGAUUUUGAAGAUUUUGGUCGUCUCAAUGUUUUGGAUUUACAGGUCCAGGUUCGUCGUCUUCCGAAACCAGUUAUUGCGAUGGUGGCAGGUUAUGCUGUUGGAGGAGGACAUAUUUUGCAUAUGGUUUGUGAUUUAACGAUUGCUGCAGACAAUGCAAUAUUUGGUCAAACAGGUCCUAAGGUGGGGAGCUUCGAUGCUGGCUAUGGAAGCUCCAUUAUGUCCCGUUUGGUUGGCCCCAAAAAGGCACGAGAAAUGUGGUUUCUCACCAGAUUCUACUCGGCUUCUGAAGCAGAUAAAAUGGGUCUCGUCAACACCGUAGUUCCGGUGGAUAAGCUCGAGCAAGAAACAAUCAAAUGGUGCAGAGAGAUUCUAAGGAACAGUCCGACGGCAAUCCGGGUGUUAAAAUCGGCUCUCAACGCCGUUGACGACGGACAUGCCGGACUUCAGGCGCUCGCCGGCGACGCCACGCUCAUCUUUUAUGGUACAGAAGAGAGUAACGAAGGAAGAUCGGCGUAUAUGGAACGCCGGCCACCAGAUUUCUCUAAAUUCCCAAGAAAACCUUGAUCUCAAAA